AUGAGAUCACGCACAGAUGGCGAUGAAGUACGUGCUGAAUCGUCUGGGAAGAACUCGCGAGCCUCGACUUCAUCGCCAGAACGUGGCCAAGUGGAUCAGGAACCCGCCCCGACUGCAAAUGUGAAAGAUUCCAACGCUCCUCCUUUGCCUAGUGAGGCUCUACCUCCGCUUCCAAAGCAAGCUCCACCCGCUGAAGACGAUGGUUGGGAUCCCGUUUGGGACGAGAAUGCACAAGCUUUCUACUUCUAUAAUCGUUUUACACAACACUCACAAUGGACUAACCCGCGUGUGCCGGACGCUACCCAGGGAGCCCCAGGAACAGGCAUAGGUAAACAUGACAGAAUACCUGAACGUGCGCCCGGGACCGAUCCUCCUCUCGUCGAGCAUGAAGCACCUCGAGAAAAACCACCCGAGUAUACAGGAUACAAUCCAGCUAUCCAUGGGGACUAUGAUCCUACAGCACCCUACGCGCAGAAACAGUCAGAUGCUCCUCUCGAUCCUUCGGACCCUGCCAGCGAGGCAGCGCCAGAUCCAGGGGCCAUCUAUGCCGCGACCGGAACCUUCAACCGCUUCACGGGAAAAUGGCAGGCUUCUCAUAUCAAUCCAGAAAACCACAACGAUGAAGCGAAAUCAAAUAGGCAGAUGACAGCUUUCUUUGACGUAGAUAAAGCGGCCAAUAGCCACCAAGGAAAGAGCCUGAAGGCGGAAAGAGCAGGUAAAAAGCUGUCGAAGCAAGAGCUUAAGGCGUUCAAAGAAAAGCGAAAAGAACGCAAAGAAGAGAAACGAAGAGCUUGGCUAAGAGAUUAA